AUGUUAUCUCGGAUUAACCAUAGGAACUUUGUCAAUCUCAUUGGCUACUGUGAGGAGGAUGAACCUUUCAAUAGGAUGAUGAUUAUUGAGAUCUCUUUCUUGCCACAAGAUUCCUCCAAGUCGAAGAGCUCAGGUGACAAUGAGUCAGCGCAUUCUACAUUGCCACCUUUGGCUGAUGUAGAGACAAAUGUCUAUUGUUUUGGGAUUCUAUUGCUAGAAAUCAUUUAUAGAAAGCUCCAAUACUCGGAAGAACAACGUAUCAGUUACCUAAUUGACCCAACCCUCAAGUCUUUCAAAAACAAUGAGUGCAUACAACUAGAUCCAAGGCAAAGACCAACAAUGAAGGAUAUCACUUCCAAGUUGAGGGAAGUGAUUGCCAUCUCACUUGAUCAAGCAACUCCAAGACUUUCUCCGCUUUGGUGGGCUGAACUUGAAAUAUUAUUUGUCGAGGCGACUUAG